AUGACAAUGGAAAACGAGGAAACUAAAAAUGAAACUAAAACCAAAGACAUUAAAGCUGAAGUCAAACCAACACCUGAACAUUCAACAACGUUGUCAACAACAUGGAUUGAUGUUGGUAUUUAUGUUGUUGGUGGCAUUUUUGUGAUUGCAGUUAUAGGAGGUGUUUUAAAAGAUAGUUCCAAAGACUUUACCUCUUUGAGUGUUGAACUUCUUUUCCAACUUCUCGUGUCUGAUAAGCUGAACAUCACAGAUGAGCGUCCCGUUUGGGAAGUAAUUAAAAAGUGGGUGAAAGCAGACAUGGAGGAACGACUUGAGACGCAUCUUCCAAUGCUAGUCAAAAAGUGCCUACGAUUUGGCCGGUUGCCAGAAGGCUUCAUUGAGAAGUUCAUCUUCAGCAGUGACCUCUUUGCUGCAUUUCCCGAAAGCAAACGAAAUCAUCUGAUUGACUUUAUGAACAAAAUUCUCAAAAAGAAACAGCCAAAAAAGAAAACUUGCCGUGUUAGAGAAGAGGGCGGGAAGAACAUUGUAAAAAACAAAAAUCCGACACCACCUUGGCCAACCGAUGAUAUAGAUGAAUCUUUAAAGCGACAAGAUGAAUGGUGGAAUCCAGAACCAUUUCAGCUUCUCACUGUGUUUUCUUGUUUAAGAAAAUACUAUUCGUACAGCAAGGACGGUGGACUAUACACCUUAAAGUUGACUGACGUCUUGAAAGAGCACUGCAGCGCUAAAAGUUCUUCUCCCUGUUUAAAUUUGUACGACUUGUUCAACAUUGCACAAGAUCGAGCAAGAGCACAAGUUGUGAGGAUUGACAGUGAAGAGUGCUAUCAAGUGGGAAUAGUCAAUACUCAAUUGAACUAUGAUAUUAUACUGAAUGAAUUAGAAGAAGAGAACGAAGAGAAGAUGAAAGAAAGUAAAGUUGUAGAGGAUGAAGAAAAUGAAAGCAGUGAGGAAGACGAGGAAAGUGAAGAAGACGAUGAGGAAGAUGAUGAGGAGGAUGAAGAGGAUGACGAAGAAAGUGACGACUAUGCCGAAAGUGAUGAAAAGCCGCCUUUUGAGUUUGAGCGGUUUUUUGGUUCUAGCUAUUCGGAUUUGUAA